CUUCUUGCUCACAAAAGCAAUCGAUACUAACCAUCUCUAUUACUCUCUUGCGCUCUGUUACUGCUAAAAGCUCUCUUUUCGUUUCAUUUGUAUUACUCUGCUGCUUUAAUUCUCUCUGCAUUUUCAUUAUCAAUGGCUGAAAUGAAAGAUUGCCACCACCACGUAGUGGAAAUCCCGGUGGACGAAGAGCACCAACAGAAGCUCUCGUCCUCCAUGACCAUCAUUUCGGCAAUCCAACACCACCCAUUGAUGGAAAUCUCCGAGAGCCCCGGCCAUUUGCUUCUUCUCAAGCUCUGGCGAAGAGAAGAAGACCUCUUCGGCCGGCGGAUCGCUCGGAGGGAGACCCGAAUGGAUCUCAUCCGCCGCGAAAUCUUUCAACUGUGUUGCUUCUUCUUGAUAUUUCAUGCCUUUUUCUUGACCAUCUUGUUCACUUCUUCUGUAAACUCCGAGAAGGGGAGUUGCCAGAAGUGGUGGAUUCCGAGCAUUCUUUCGGUUUCGACUUCUGUUGUGUUUGUGGUUCUUGUGCAGGUGAAUCUGUGGAGGUACUGGAAGGUGUGGGGGCAGUUGCAGAGGGAGAAAAUUGAGAAUCGAGCUCUGGUGAGGUGUAUACAGGAGUUGAGGAUGAAGGGAGCGAGCUUUGAUCUGUCCAAGGAGCCGCAGAGUGGGAAGAGGUUGAAGAGCUCGAGUGUCGAGAUCAAGUGGAAGCCGAUCACUUGGUGCUCGCAGAACUUGAUCACCAUCUGCCUUGUUUGCUUUGCAGGUUUGGUGUUUCCUGCAUCCAAAUUAAUGCUUUGCAGCGGCUUCUGAGCUUGGGGAGAUUCUUAGUUCAUCUUCAUCUUUCUUAAGGUGUUUCCUGCCUUGCAGAUUUAUGAUCUGUUGCAACUUGUGAGCUCAAGGAUCUGCGGCGACUUUGAGCUCGAGGAGUUUCCUUUUGAUGAUCUUUCUCAAGGCUGUAAAUUUGAAAGAUAUUGCAACUGAGAAGGGAAGCAUUGCGAUUCAUUGCAAAGUAAAAGUAACAAAUCAUGCUAAUUGCAAGAGCAUCAUUAUGUUUAGAAAUGAGAUUCUGCUUGCUCCUGAAAAAGUGCUUUGUUAGGCACAAUUUUGGUUGAUUGUGUGAAACGCAUCGGAAGCCUACUGCCAUCAAGUAUCUGUCAUGGUGGCUCUUUCAAUCGUCAGAUCCAUCCUUGACUUCGAAUCUUUACAAGAGAACUGUCCGAUCACCAUCCAGACUCAUGCCAACAAUCAAAGUACAUUCCUUUCAGGUCUCUAGUAUAUGAAAGAGAGGAAAUCGAUCUUAUCUCCAUAAUGACCUCCCAAAUCUAGUGCCUGCUAAGAGAUGAGGAUUAUGCGGCAUCUGCGAAUGCGAUCAUAUCUCUACUACUUCCAGUCAAAUAAAGGGGAUCACUACUACUUCCACUCAGAUAAAGGGGAUCACUACUACUUCCACUCAGAUAAAGGGUCAGAUAAAGGGGAUCACUACUUGUUGUGCACUCUUUAUAGAAUGAUGUAAUUUCAAAUAGAUGUAACGAUGCAAUGCUCUCAGUCAAUUAAUCUACUCGUUUACAGCAUGGAACUCUCUCUCUACACAAUUUACAGCUGUACAAGACAAUUGUCCCAUAUAACAUAGUAGAUUAGUACUAUUACUUCAAAAUAAAACUUUCAGCUGUAUAACAAACUGUUCUUUUUCACA